GCGGGUGUUUUGUAAGGGGAUACUUCCUGGUGGCGCUGAUGCAGUAGUGACAUCUGACUAGUUUGUGAUAACUAAAGUGAUAAAGUUAGUAAAUUGCAAUGGUUGAGGGACCGGGGUGCACGUUACAUGGAGACAACAUCCGAUCGAGAGUACAGAAAGGACAAAAGGUUCAAGAAAUUACUGGAGAUGCGAAAGCAAUCCUAUCAGGAGACGUUUCUCACGCAGCGUCCUUCAGUGUCUUCGGCGGCUGUCAGUACGUCGGCGUGGAUACCCUCGGAAAAGAGCUUUUCUUGUAUUUUGGUCUGCGUGCUCUACGAGUUCAUUUUGGGAUGAAUGGUUCCUUGAGGAUCAACCCCAGUGACAGGAAGGACAGGACCGGGAGGCUGCCCGCCCUGCAGAUCAGUCUCACCAAUGACCUUCUCUGCUUUUUUCAUACCACCGUAGAAAUCAGGCUUGCGGAUGAAUGUGAACAGAAAGUGAGGACCAUGGAGAGCUUAGACGUUUGUUCCCCCAAGUUUAGUUUCUCCAGAGCAAUGGAGGUGUUGGCGAGUCAGAGUAAUCGCAUGCUCUGCGAUGUUCUGUUAGACCAGACUGUCCUCCCUGGUGUGGGAAACAUUAUAAAAAACGAGGCCUUAUUCAACAGUGGUCUUCACCCUGGCAGUAAGGUCAGCCAGUUGACAGAUGGUCAGAUCCGCCAUCUGGUGAAGAUGACUCGUGAUUUUAGUCUGCUUUUUUACAAGUGCAAUAAAUCUGGAUCCAUGCUUCAUAAACAUUAUAAGGUAUACAAACAGCCUCAGUGUGGUCAGUGUAUGGCAAAGAUCACCGUCUGUCGCCUUGGAGAGAAUGGAAGGAUGACAUAUUUCUGCCACAACUGUCAAAACGGGGUUCCUAGCCAGGUUAAUGUUAGCAAACUUCCAUGCAGGAAUUCUUUAAUGGGCUGGGUUUCCAAAGAAGGCCCGGAAUGCAGUGACCAUGUGGCCCCGAAAGAUGAGCAGUGGACAUGUGAACUCUGCACGCUGAAAAACAUGGCCAGUGCGGAGUCCUGUGCAGCCUGCCUGUCACCCCGACCCCAACUUCCCAAAAAGGAGCCAAAAGAGGAUUUUUCAUUCUCCACCAGACAUGUGAUAAAGUACCCCUGCGAUGCCUUUGCCAAGCCGCGGGAGGAACUGAAAGUCAAUCGGAAGGCAACGUUCGGGACUUCGACUCUAAUUUUCACAGAUUGCACUAAAAGAGAACCCUUGACGAGCCCAACUCAUUCCUUUGGGAAAACUCAUCUGAAUUCUUUGGAAAACAGCAAUAUAAACAAGCAAAGCUUUGGUCAAGGGAAAGUAAGUCCCAGAUGUUCUCCGGGUUCGUCGUGUAAGAGAAGCUCUGAGGAAUGUAUGGUCUCCAGUCAACCAUGCAAGAAAAUGAGAAUUGAUCACAAGUCUUCCUCUAGUAACAAACCUCAAUGUGGAAAUCAUAACUUCACAAGCUUUAAUCCUCAGGUGACGCUGACAGACUUUCCCAGCAGCCCUUGCUGCAUCGCUCACCGGCGGCCCUGUGCUCUGCGGGUGGUCAGGAAGGAUGGGAAGAAUAAAGGCAGGCAGUUCUACGGCUGUGCUCUGCCACAGGAAGCGAGGUGCCAUUACUUCGAGUGGGCAGAUCUGCAUUUUCCAACCUGUAACCACGGGAAACGCUGCCUCCUCAGAACAGUCCUGAAACUAGGAGCCAAUAACGGACGGCGCUUCUACGCGUGUCCCUUGGGAGCGGCUAGUCAGUGUGACUUCUUCCAGUGGGUUAAGUAGGGACCUUAAUACUAAGGUAAAGGCAAGGUUGGCAAUUUCUCUCCUAAUGCUAUAGACUUGAGUCAGACAUUUUGAAGAGUAUAUGAAAAGUAUGUGUCUUUCGAGAUGUAACUUUAAUAAAUCAAUUUUAAUGAAGCUAUUUAAACUGAACGGGAAAUGUAAUCUGCUUUAAAUAUUUAGUGAGACAGUAGCACAUUGUAUUGUUUACAGCAAGAACAUCAGUAGCAGAAUUAGCAUGCUUGCUUGUUCUGUUCUGUGUUGUAGUCUUACCCAUUGUAAUCCUAAAUAUUACACGCUGGUAUAAGCGUUUAAACAAACAGCAUAUUCAUUUUCACUGUUUACCGUGGAUGUGUUUUAAUUAGGAAAGAUUCAUUUACCAUCCAAUAAAAACUUUCUCACUAGAGAAGAAUUA